AAUCCAUCAACAUGUAACUGGUGCCUGGGUUCGGGAAAUGUUCAGGAAUGUGAAGUCUUAAAUUUGCAGACUCAGAAGCCCUGUUCCUUGGACCAAUUCCCCAACAUUGGCACAACCCACUGUUACACUGCAGCAGGAACAUUUACGUCUUCCAACGCGCCUGAGAUUAUUUUCACAGGCUUUGCUCGAGGAUGCAUCAACUGCACAGGUUUCAAUUCCUCCCUCCUACCCUUCCUCAUUUUUAUUAACAGUUGGUUCGUGCAGAGUCUUGAAUUCGUGAAAAAGGCUUGAAAUUUGCCCAGCAACUUUCCAAACCUGGAAAAAGUCUGCAAUAUAGAUAUAAGUUCUGGAAAAAUUGUUUUUGUUUGCUUUUUUUUUUUUUUUUUUCACAGCUACAGGAAGUGCCUUACAAUUGAAUGUUUUUCGUUGGUCAAAUCUUUUUCAGUGUCGCUCGUAUGUUUGCAGCGCACUAUGAAAGCUUUGUUCCUGCGUUUUUUAAGGUCUCUAUUGAUCACCUAUUUGAUAACCUUGAUUCUGGGAAAAAAUCGUUGUUUUGGAAAAAACGUCUGGGAAAAGUCGAAUUUUGGAUCCAAAAACCUGUACUAACCCUGUUAACAGAACAAAGAGUUAGCGUGAUCUCUAUUCAAAGACCUCUCUCAACUUACACCAAAUGAGGCAGGCUUUUUUCUUAAAGUUCGAGGCCGACCUAAGUAGUAUAGAAUGCACCAUUUAGAGUCCUGUUUUGGUUAGGGAUCUCAUUAAGGAGGAAAGGAAUAUAUUAACUGCGAUGAUGUCAUAACCUUAUUUAUCUCAUGAAUGAAGUGCGGGGGAAUCUCAUUAAGUUAAGGUCAUGUGCUAUGUCUUAACCCCGUUGGAAAGGAUAUAUUUCUAGUUAUUUCCAGGUCUAUACAUAUCUCGAUCUUUAUUGGUUAACUAAAAACUAAGAAACGUAUUCGUUGUAUGAUUCAUGUUGUCAAAGGAAUAAGCGCUGACUCACGCGUGACUUAAAAACACUGAGUCGUAACGUAAUUAUGCAAAUUUUAUUUCGCGCCACGUUGAUUGCCCCAUAAAUUGUUCCAGCUUGAUAUUUUGGCCUGACUUGAGCAUUUUUCUACUGGUUUUGGCCUGUCUGCCCUUCAAUACAACCUAUACAUUCGGUGAUGGUGAGGUAACAAUAGAAACGUUGGGGUGGUGGCGGAAAGAAUGAAUGGAAAUGGUGUAGCUGGGUUGGUGUGGUGACGGUGGAGAGAAAACAACAGAAAUGUAAUGGUGGUGAUGAUUAUGAAGAGAAAACAAUAGAGAUGUGGUGGUGGAGGUGGAGGGAAAACAAUAGACAUCUGGUGCUGGUUGAGUAAAAACAACAGAAAUGUAGUUGUGGUGUAGUUGGAGAAAAAAAUAGAAAUGUGGUGGUGGUGGAGUUGGAAGGAAAGCAAUAGAAAUGUGGUAGUGUUGGUGGUGGUGCGGUGGUGCAGAGAAAACAGUUAAAAUGUGGUGGUGGUGGUGAAUGGGAAAACAUUAGAAAUGCGGUGGUGGUGGUGAUGGUUGUGGACGGAAAAACCAUAGAAAUGUGGUGGUGGUGUUGUUGAGAAAACUGUUGAAUUGUGGUAGUGAAGGGAAAACAUUAAAAAUAUGGUGGUGGUUCAGGGAAAGCAAUAGAAACGUGGUGGUGAUAGUGGAGAAAAACAGUUGAAAUGCGGUGGUGGCGGUAGAGGGGAAACCUUGGAAAUGUGGUGGUGUCGUGGUGGUGGAGGAAAAAUUAUAGAAAUGUGGUGGUGGUGGUGGUGGCAGGGGACAUACUUAUUGUCAGGAUAUAGCUCAAAGCUGGUAUAAUCCUCUCAAGUAUAUAGGACAAGAUUAGCAGUAGCCGUUGGCUAGGAAGUGCGGGCGAAACCGCUUUCAUAUGUAGGUGAAUUCCUUUUAUUGCGGAUCAUGAAAACUAAAUUGAACGACACAGUAAAGAAGACUCAUAUAAUUAUUUAAUUCAUCAACUUUACUUGCAGUUGCUUAGAUACAAUUAGCCUGCAAUAUUUCUGGAGCGAUCAGCGAGGAAAGAAGUUUUUAUUUUAUUCGCCGGCAAAGAUAUGCAGUCAUACGAAGUCUUGUUAUUCAAUCGAAUAUUCAAUCCGUGUUCAAUGACCAAAGGCCGUUGAUAUAUAUGCGAUACAAAAUAAUGAGACAGUGGAGUUCAAAGCUUAUUUAAGCUUUCGGAUAACAGGCGACCUAGCGUGCUUGAAAACUUAUGAAAAUAUAAAACCCUGAAAAACCAUGCACUUUAGUGAAACCUGAAUAAACUUUAUAAUUUAUAUCGAUUUCUAGACUUUGCUAGCACUCUUAUCUUGCCGAAAACUUGUCCCGCACUAAGCUGAGAUCAGGCUCUACUUUUAUCGUCCUGGGUAAAUAGAUUGUAGUCCGGCAAGGCGAAUCGAAAAGUCGACCAUUUAGUGAAGUACUUGUGUACCUGAAUUACGUGUGCUUCCGAAUCGAAUGUGUAAUAACGAUUAUUGCAUCAAUUCCAUGUGCAUUUACGUGAUUACUGUGACAUCAGACGAACCUUGAACUCAACACCAGGGCCUUCGAGGCAACAUUCCAUUCAUACCAAUGCAUAAUAGUCGGUACAACACUAGCCUGCGUGCAGACGAUAACUAAACUCUGAUUAGUACCGUCUGCGAAGCAGCGCAGAGAUCCUUGUUCUGGACCCCCAACGGACUCAACGAAUUACCGGAAGUGCGUUUCGAAUUCCCCUUCAACCUGAUUGGCGAUCACGACAAACAAAACAAAGGCCUUUUUUAACUGGCCAAUCGUGGCGCGUACUCAAAUCUGGGUACACAGCUGGAAGUCCAGAACAAGGAUUUCGGCGCUGUUUCGCAGACGGAAUUAACCAGAGUUUAAUUUCGUCUGCGCGCAGGCUAGUACAACAAAGGAAUGUCAACAGAUCGAGAAGAAUCUCGCUAUACAGUUAAAAAAGUGCCGCUGACCAAGAAUAGGUGGCGGGCUCCUUCGUCGCCCGCAAUUAGGUUCAACAUAUUCGAUGCUAAUAUUUUGUUUUGUUUUGCUUUUAUUAAUAGACAAAGCAGCAGCUUGCGCAGCAUUUGUAGAAGGUUUUAUUGCUCAACCUCAAAACUGGACGUCGCUGAAUUGUACUAUUGAGUGUUGUACUGCUGACAACUGCAACAACCAAUUUGUCACCGCAGUUCCUCCAAAUCCUGUUACUCCUACUUCCGAGUCACAUGGUAGGUAACACGCGACAAAGAAGGAACACGAACGUGGGGAUAUGUUCGGUUAUCCUUUUAUAACAUUAAUUUAUUUAUCCUCUCGAAUUCAAAGCAAAGAAAGUAUACUUCAAAAACUUCUAUUCCCUGUCCAAGGUUUGCGCAGUUGCGAGAGUCCACUCUCUACGAUAAGUUUUUUUCGCGGGUGCUCUCCUUAAAGGAGCUAUGUAACACUAUUUUAGUAUUACUUAAAGCCCCAAAACCACAUUGGAAUCAAAAGAAAACCCAGGAAUAAUGGUUUAGCUUUUCAACAACAAGCAACAGGCUCAAUAUAAGGACCCCUUUCUUAAUACUAGUCAUAACUAUCACAAAAUUAUCUAAUCUGGUUGGAUAUCAGUUGUCCUGAUUUCAGCAUUAAUAGGACAGUGUAAUGAGACCCGUGUACGUCAUCCUUAAAUAAUUGGACAGUACGCGCUAUCGCAAACGCGUUCCCGCGCUACUUUUAUAGCCCCUCCAAGACGUGACUGAGCGGCCAAUCCAAUACCUGAUUACUAUAUACUAUUAUACGGUUCUGCUCGCAGAUUAAGAUCCUAAACUACGGACUGGCGUUAUUAUUUUCUUGUUUUUGUUUAGGAGCUGUCAACGAAACAGCAUGUAUCGAGUGCUUCGAAGUUGAGGCCUUGAACAUAUCCUGCAAAAAUUCCAUUCGACUCAUACCUUGUUCUUAUCAGUGCUACACAGCUAAGGGAAACAUAAAGUAUUUCAGCUACAGUCCUGAUGAAGUGAUUACUACAGUCCUAGAGGGAAGAGGAUGUGUCAACUGCACGGGUAAGAAAAUGGUUUAGUCUAAACAGCACUCAGUAAAAGCAGAAGCUAAAUUAUUUAAACUAAACAUUAAUGUAUGAUAUGUUAUUAGGUUUGGACUAACUAAUAACUUGGACUUAUAUUAAAGUUUUGUUUUUCUAUUGUUAGAGUUAUAUAUCUUUAAUAGCUUGUAACUUAUAAACUGAAGAUCAACGGUUACUUCUGCCUUUAGUAUAUGUGUAACGAGUUGGAAAUAAGACUGUGUACCAAGAAGGAAAUAGGAAAGUCUAAAUCAUGAGACGUCCGCAUAUUCAGAUCAAUUGUUUGAAACAUCAUGAGGUUUACGCUGGACUGUCUCAAUGAAAGCAAUGCAGAAUAUUUUAAUGACCACAGGCUGUUGAAUUCUCCCUUGACAACACUGAAUAAAAGUUUUCGGACCUCUCCAGAAACAGACUUCCGAUUAAUUUCAUGUUUUUUAAUUGGUCUAAAAAUAACUUUGGUAAAGUUCACACAUCUCAAGGGCAAGACUGGGCGUUUUCCACUCUCUCCUAAUAUUCUUUCUUCUCCACACUUAUCCGGAUAUUUUUAAAUAUGGAGGGUCUUUUCCAAAAUGUUUUUGAAAGGCGUACGCGUCCACACGUAGCGCAUUCUAAUCGUUUUCAUCCGUCCACAGGAAAAGGGCAACAACAACAACAACAACAACAACAAUCUUUAUUGGGCUCUUGAUACAAAAGUGUAGAGUCAUUAAAAGGAAAUAACUGCGAAAAAAAAGAGAGCACAGCCACUCAGAGACAGCAAAAGCUAAUCGCGCUAAGUGGCUAGGUCAUGCGGAAAAGUAUCUAGAUAUUAAAGUUGUUAUAAAUAAACAAAUGCACACAAAAACACACAAAGAAAAAGUAUUUUAGCUGUAAUAAAUAAUCAAAUACACAAACGAAUAAAUAAAGAAGCAAGACAAAACAAAACAACGGCUGUGCACACAAUUAGCUGCAUGUAAAGUACACCAAUCAAUAUUUGGAGAUGACAGGUUCUUUUAAAGGCUUUUUAAAGUGAAAACGACUCGCUCAUUUUAGAUCUUUAAUAGCAUGGAAACACGAUAGCAUACAUUAGAGGGCAUGGGCCGUAUGAUGUAUAACGUUAUCAUAUUACAUGCACAAGACCUUUUCGUCCGUCUACACGAAAACGAUCAGUGAGCCUUUUCAAAAAAGUCACUCUGGGGACCGUUCUCAAAACCUGCGUUUUUGGUGCCCAAAAGCGCCGUUUACUUCUGGACGGAGAAGAAAAUCCUAGUUUUCAAAGUGAGGGCUGUUCAGUCAAGAUUGCUCAAUAUUGGCCUCGUUCUAUUUAUUAUUAAUAUUAUUUUAUUGUUUUUAUUGCGUAUCCAGCCAUCUUGAACUCCCAACUGUUGGUCAAUUAUUCCUCGGUCAACAGACAGUUGCUUGCCAGGUUGCGGUUUGAUUCAACAAUCGAAGCAAUAAAUUUUCAUCCAUAUAGGCGGCCCGUCUGAAAAUGAAAGGCUAUCUCCGCUGAUAAUUUAUAGUUAAUAUUCUAGAUCAGUAAACAGCUGCUAAUACUGAAAAAAAAAAAAGAUUUAUGGAAAAAAAGGAACGAAACAGUUUAGCCUAAUAUACAAAGAAUAAACUCUUAAAACUAUUACGAACUAAUAAAGUUUUCAAACUCCUUGAUAAUAAUAUUGUAUGCUCCCUUUAGUUUGCUGGGGCGUCAGUAAAUAAGAAAGGCUCAAAGAAGCAAUUACUUACACACAUUUCAUCAUGAAUUUCUUUUCUUUAGACAAAGAAGCAUUCUGUGCAGAAUUCAAUACUACCCUGCCAUUCCAAAACAUGACUUUGAUAGACUGUAAUUAUAUUGAGUGUUGUUCUGGGGACAACUGUAACAAUCACAACUUAACUGUCAUUCCAACGAAAGCUACGGCCACUCCAGCACCAUUCCCUACAACAAGUAAGUACACGGUUAUUCUAACACCUGAGGUGAUGGUCGUUCCAACAUCCAACUUCUGACGCACGUGAAUACAACCCCUCUCAACCUCUCUAACGAUUACGUAGAUGGUUAUUCCAACACCUGACUACAACACCCAACCAUAGGGAGUCGACGCUCUUAUUUGUAAACUGCGAAUGGAAAUUAAAUAACAGAUAAAAUCUUACCUGUUUUGUUCUAUUCUUGAAUCUGCUGCAGUGCGAAGUGAAAUGGAAGUUGUUUUACGAUGCGAAAACUAUGUUCAAGUCGACACUUUUUCACGAUGCUUUAUGUAGUUUGUCUCGCAUUUCACUAUCGUCUAUUUCAUUAUCGUCUCGCGUCUCAUUGUUGGUUAUUAAUUUAUUAACAAUGUGAAUUAACGGUAAUGAAUUAAUAACGGUAACGGAUUAAGAAAUUAAUAACCAACAAUGAAACGCGAGACGAUAAUAACAACCACGUGACAACAGUGAAAUGCGAGACAAACCACAUAGAGCAUUGUGAAAUCAACAACGGCCAAAGCGUCGACUUGAACAUCGUUUUCGCAUCGUAAAACAACUUCCAUUUCACUUCGCACGCAGGAGACUCAAGAAUAGAACAAAACAGGUGGGAUUUUAUCGCUUAUUUAAUUUCCAUUUGCACCCAACUUUUGAGCACUUGAAUACAACCUCUCUAACAUGGUUAUUCUAACACCUGACUACAACAACCAACUUCUGUGAGCACGUGAAUACAACCCCUCUAACGCUUACAUUGACAUGGUUAUUCUAACAUCUGACGACAACAUGACUGCAUCCCCCCGCGGCACACAAGCAUACAUGGUUUGUGGUCCUUCCAACUGAUGAGUACACCUAUAUGGGUCCACCCACGUGCCCUUUGGAAAUUCCUAAUUCCUAGCUCGACCCAGUAUUUUUGCAGGUACACCUUCCAUCUUUGAAUCUCUUUUACUUAAACAAAUUGAUCUUUAUUGUAAAACCCAUCAUAACACAUGUAUUACACAUAGACUAAACUUUAUUAUGAUAUUUUUUUUUGGGGAGGCAAUCGGAAUAAGUAUCACGUGACAAUGACGUCACAAUAGUUUUUGCUCUAAAUCGAGUUUCUGCCUUUAUCGGCAUUUUCUUUGGAUAUGCUUUACGCUACCUAUGCUUUGGGUGCUUGUCUUCUGCUUUGCGAAGUUUCACAAAAAUCUAUAAGAGGUAUUUCGAGAUAUCUUGGAAUUUCUGCAAAAAAGAUAUAAUUAUGCAUGAACUGAGCGCUGGACUUAAUGGAGACAAAUUUGCUACUUUUUUGAUGCUUCCAAAAGUUUUUAUCACUCAUUCGUUUUGCAAAUGACCUUUAUACACUCUACAACUGUCUGAAUGCCGCAAGUAGACUUGCGCGGUUUCGAAAAAAAAAUAAAAAGAGGUGAAUCAAUAAAACGCAAUGCUGAGCUCUUUUUUUGUAAUUUCUAAAGCUACUUUCACGAAAACAGCGAUUAGACCAAAUUCUUCGAUAGAUUUUCUUUAAAAAAAAUCCAGUGCUGCAAUAGGCCACUUCCGAGUUCCAAAAACCCUCACUUUCAAAAUGAGGCUAGGUGCACAACCUUUCUUGUGAAAAUGAGUGUUAUUUGCACGAGAAUGAACAAUGAUUUCUAUAUCAAAAGCUAAGCACCUACCUUCGUUUUGAAACAGAGGCCCGGUGGAACUCACAAAUGGCCUAUUGGUCAGUGUACUAUAAAAUCCCCGAAUUUGUGUCCAUUGAAGACUUUUUAAGUUUUCUAACGUAGGCGCAAUAUUGAGUGAAUAUUGAGGCGAUGUCAUAUAUCUGGGACUUCCUAUUGUCUCAAGUUUAGCACAACAUCAAACUCCCAUGCAGCAUGCGACAAUUUACCGCGCUUGGUUGCCCUCUGAAAUAUUUCCGAAAUAUGGUAAUGCCUUAGAAUGGAAGAAAACAAUAGCGAAUAGAUUACGGAGGGCAACCAAGCGCGCUUCUUUCUCUAUUACAACACUUGAAAACAAGAUAGAUGCAUAUGCCCCAACCAACACGUCGUAUAUACAACUAAAUCAAAAAAGGUUGCUUUGGCAACUGGGCAUUUGGGCAUACAGAACAAUGCAAUGAUUUGCUUGAGUGACCAUCAAACAAUCGUUUCCCAAUGCCCAAGGCAACCUUCAUUGAAUCAGCUAUAUAAGUUUCCUUCUGCUCCUGGGCGCUCAUUAACGGCUCUAGCUAUAGUGACCUGUAAGUAUAAGGUCCCUACAAUACCUAAGUAUACCGCUCCUUCACCAUUUCAUAAUACGGUCCUUUCGAUACCCAAGUGGACAUAAAUAAUCAUGAUAAAUAAACUUACCGCAGCUUUUUUGGCAAUGAUUUCUCUUUUCUUUCAUACUAGCAUUGACGUUUCGUUACCGGGGAAGUUUAAGUCAGGAGGGGGACUUUAAACAGGAAACAUGUCUCCUAUUAUAACGCAGAGGAGCUAAAAUUGUCUGGAAAUAAAUGCCCGAAUUAACUGCAGUAUGCAGUUGAAGUUUUGGCCUUUUUUUUUUUGUUUAGUUUCUAAUAAUUAAGCAAAUCAUUACAUAGCUAUCUAAGAGCGUUUUUUUUUUUGUUGUUUCCAAUCACUGAUUUAACAAAGUUGCUAAGUUUAUUUUUUCCUUGUGUGAGUUAUCUGUGAUUCGUUGAUUCAACAAAGUUUUCAAAAUACGUUCUUAGUUCCUUCUUCUUCCAUUUUGGGGAUCAUUAAUUUUGUGGUCGGGGAAUUUUUUUUUAAUUAACUUAUGAUUCGUAGAAGGUAAAGGAACCUUCUUGAAAAUGUAUGAUUUUGUUUGAUUCAUCCUCCAACUUUGAGAAUCCUUAACUGUUCUUGUUACUUCAAGAGAUUUUAUAGUUACUUUGAAGACUGCUCACGUUUUGAACCUAACCACAAAGCUUCCGUUAAGUACUAACCAAACUUCUUCUUUGCGUGAUUCCGCUCACCAAGCGCAGACACUUCAGAAACUUUUCCCGAUUCCCAGUAGUUAGUAUCUCCCCCCGUCCUCCGUCUCGAUUUAGAGAUGUUUGCAGUUCUCGAAGCCCUGGUCACAAGUUCCAGCCCGAACACGUAGUAAUUCUUGACAUGGAACCAGACUAGUUUAGGGGAGACGAUCUACACUCCACAAUUGCAACUACCUUUUAACGGAGACAGAUGAGGCUACCAGCCACCGAGAAUCUGGGGCGCGUCACAGUGGCUUCACACGCUGAAAAAGUCUCGCGGGACUAAACGGAAGCUUUGUGGUAAGCUUAAAUGGUUGUGUUAUUUGUUUUUCUUUCUUUUUUGAACAGCUGUCAACCAAACGACAUGUAUUUCUUGCGUUGAAUUUGGGUCCAGCAACAUAUCCUGUAUUAGUCACUAUUCUCUGGUUCCAUGUCGUUUUCACUGUUACUCAUUAAAGGGAAUCUCAGAGUACUACAGUGUCGAUCAAGUUAAUACAGCUCCAUUAGAGAUACGAGGAUGCAGCAUCAACUGUCCAGGUAAAGCCUUUUUCAUAUAAUUGCCUAAAACGUUCAGUAAUCUAGCCGAUCGUUGUAAUUAUAAUGGAGCUUCUGUCCUAUUGUUAAAAAAGUAACCGACCAAUGCGACGUCAGCGUACGCCCGAGCGCUCGUGCGUACGGCUGUGGAGACUUUAUGGGAGUGGUGGGUGGAGACUCUUUUAGGGAGGGGAAGGGAGUCGCAGACAUGCAGCUUGCGUUUGGUCAUGCCUCACGGCCAUGAGAAAACACAUAGCCGAACAGCUAGGUUAGGGAAAAAAUAAGUGCUCCGUAUUUCCAAGGUUUUCAAGCCUUUGUGUGACUAUCACGAGUUAUACCGUAGAAAUCUUGCUGUAUAGGCACUGGGACAACUGUAUAAAGGGUUUUUUUGGUUUUGUAAUUUAAGGACGACGGGAGCAUGUAUCCGGAUACGCUUAAAAUCGGAUGAUGUAAGAGUAAUGUUUACAAAGACCGUGAGCUAAUAUUAAAGGGCACAAAAAUUUACUUGAACUUCCUAGCCUAUUCACAGACGUUUUUUUUUUCUUUGGGUGAAUUAGGCAGCCCGAGAGCGAGCGCGGCUGUGUUCAAUAGGUCCCAUGCGGUUUUUCUUUUCUUACGUGCGCUCAACGAUCUCUCAAGAGAAAAUAGAGAGUCUGUGAACAGGCUAUAAACGCCCUUGUCAACAUUGCAAAUGAGUAAAUCCGGGAUUACUUUACGUUCAAAGUCGAAGUUAAAACAAAGUUAGCCCUCAGACGCACAAGCAAAUUCAAACCCCCAUUGUGAUACAAGGUGGGGGAGGGGGGAGGGGGGUUCAUCGAACCCCUCCCCAGAGUUUUUGAUAUGAUGCUGCAUUUGGAAACGAUUUUUCCUUCAGUGGAAAGCCUUUGAUAUUCUCAACCAGAUGAGGUAUAUUUUAUGGGUGGAGGCGCUGCUGGAGGCCUGUGAUGUCACCAACAAUGGUAACCAUCUUGGCCGCCAUUUUGUAUUUCACCAAGAAUUAGAAAUCAGGUUAAAAUCGCGAUAAAUGGUAAUUUUUUGUGCUUGACAUGUACAUGUAUAUCCAGUGGACCACCUCAGUAAACGCUGUCAAUUAAGUUUGAAAUAGGUAUAUAUUCUUCCUCUAUGGUGAUUGACAGUUUUCAAGGAUGACUUUUUCGUUUAUUAUUUUUUUCCGUGUAGAAUUAAAUCUUUAACUGAUCGAAGCUAGACUUAAAGCUCACAAUAAACUCAUUAAUACUCUUUCAGGCUCUGUCCAUGUCGGAGAAAUUUAUGAACUAUCGAUCGCGCAGCUACCCGACUGAACCGUGGUGAACCCUGGUCGUAAGGUGUCUUUUCAUCGGUCAGAAAAAAAACAUUAACACAACAUUGUUCAUCAUUAUUUCCAUUGUUUUAGGUUAGGGUAGCAAACCAUUUGGCUUUUAGGGUUAGAAGAGCUGCUACAUGACCUCUCUUCCCGGAAUGAAGAAAAACAAUAUGGCCGCCAAAUACAUCCUUUUAGUUUUUAAAGUUCUCAUUCAUUAACAAACGUUAAACAUUUAUUUCGGCAAACAAACGGUUAAGUUGAAAAAGGAUUUUACAAAAGUCUCAAGAGUAGGUCUCCUCUUCGAUUUAACUUGCAAUAUCGAUCAAUUUUCGCAACUUUUAAACUUCUGGCUCAGUUUUCGUUUGGUUCUACUUUGAACAUGGAAUAAUAAUUACUCAGAGACAAUACAGUGCAUAGAAUUGUUGAGAAAAACAGCAAAAACUUGCCAAUUUAUGACAAGGAAGGUACUUUUAAAACGAACUAAAACAUUCAAAACGCUUUGAUCACGUGACUGAUGACGUCAUGUCGCUAUUUUGGUAUGAAAAAAUUAUCAGGUAGAACAUUACUUUCCCGCAAAUUUUCUCUGCCGUGUGAUGAAAGGUUGACUCUCUAAAGCCCUCCGCCUAGUCUCUCGACUUUUUUGCUCAUGUUCAUUACCCCCUUAAAUUUUAAAUGCCGGACGUCGACUGAUUAUUUUUAAAUGCUCAACACAACUAAAACCGCAAAUAUGCUAUUUGUUUUUAACUCGUUAAUGAAAUUGUGACACAACAACAAAAAAAGCUCAUUCGGAAAUAGUCACGUGAUUGAUGACGUCAUUACCUUAGAUGUGAUAUGGGAAGAUAUUUUAUGGCAAAUGUUAUCUUGUUGUGGUCUGACAGUCUUCUACGUAUAAAAUUGUCAAAGUUACAAAGCUUUUAUAAAAAAUUGCCUCCUAGGAUUCUGGGAGAUUUUUAUGAUAAUUAUGAUAUUUAGUUUUAUAAGUAUUAUUGACCCCGCAGGGAUUAGUAAUCCUUGUAGCUCGCGCGUAUGUAAUGAUCGGUACUUACAGUUAGAAUAUGAAGUUAAUAGUAUACUGGAAAAAAAAUCUCGAUUUGCUUGAACAGGGGCCGCGCGGAAUCAUUGGAUAAUGAUGACGUUUUAGCUCUAAAAAAUAGUGAAUUUACAUAACGGGACGGGAGAGGAAAGAGGACGGCAAACCUUGUGUGACAAGCGUGAAAAUAAUUUUGUUUGAAAAAACCUUUAACGCGCCCGCUGAACAUAACAAACAAGUGCUAUUUACUUUCUUUUUUUAAUAACGCAUUUAUUUUUUUAGUAAACUUUUCAAAUAUCUUGCCAUUUUACAGGAAGGCACCUGUAAUCGAAGGUGCAGGCCCCAAUUUCAGGGUCUUGAAAUACUCAGAAAAAUGCUGAAAUGCUUCAUCCUAUAAAGAAUUUACAAACCGUCUUAUAUAACUUUAUAAGUUUCUUUGGUCCGUGUCCUUUUCUAGCAAGAGGUAAAUAAAUGAACACUUUAAUGCAACACCCCCUCCCCCUUUUAUAAAUAGUUCUACUGAGUCCUCUAUGUCUUUCUGGCCUCAGAUUUUACCUAGAAAUAAAACAAUCCCCGAAUUACACAAUCCCCUCUGGUUUUUAUAACAAAAACAUACUCUUCAAUUAUUAUAAAAACAUUAUAAUAAUCAUAAACUUCAUUUUAUGAAAAUUUUCCAUUUGUUACAUUUAUGGUCAAGAUUUAUUGCAUUUAUGGUGAGCCAGAUUAUUACAUUUAUGGAUAGUAAUUUAUCGCAUUAAGGUGGCUCCGUCAUUAAUACAGGCGCAUUUGGCUGUGACGAAGUUUUCGUCAUAACUUUUUCGUUUUUAACGCGAUGGCUGGGAAACUUUGCAAAGAACAACAGAUAUCAUUCGGCAACAGUACGAAAUAUUCCGAUUUCAUUGAUGGUAAAUAUUCUUGAAAAAUUUGCGCUUUAAAGGACCCUACUGUUCAAAGAAAAUCGCUUCUAGUAAAAAAAUUUGCUGAUAUUUUUUACUGAAAUUUCUGGUAUUGGCUUUAAUUGAUAUAAUAAAUAUGCCAGAGGAUUUUCAGAAAGAUCGUUGGAGCAGAAGUCCGUAACUAAAAGUAGCUCAAAAUUCAGCUGUGAAAUUGUUUUGGAAUUUCAAAAAAUAAAUUACCAUCAGGUAGAAGAAGACACCAGUUUGAAUUUUCGGGACAAGUAAAUUCAAUGUUUGCUAAUUCAUAAAACAAAAGCCGAUUGCCUAUCGUGCGAUUUUUUAAAAGGUAAUUUUUAAUUCUGAAAUUACUCCAAACCUUGCUCUAAAGUAGAAUGACUUGUUCCAAGACAUUUUUAAAAUAUCCCUUAGCAGUUUUGGCUCAGACUCCUGCUGCAUACAUUUUGAUGUAUUGCAAUGCAUUUUCAACGACUUUUACUGCUGUUCGUUGCUUCCAACUCAGGAAAAAGGUAUUGAGAUUGGACGCUACCUCGUAUCAGAGCUCAGAUAGAACUGUCCAGCACCUUUGUUUAUGACUACAAAAUGAGCACGAGUGCAUGGCAGUUCUGCGAAGAAUUCGCACCUUACCCAGGGGGACGAAUGACAAUGAUGCCCAUUGCUGUGAACCGAAUUACAUCAAAGUGCAAAAUAAAAUUAUCGCAAAAAUACUGCCCGUGAAUAAAUUUACAACUCGGAAAUUUUUGACACUUCUUUGUUCAAUGAAUGGGUAGUUUUUUUCUUGAUUAUCAUGUUUCGCUCUGCAAUACAUGUUUAUACAGAUCGGUUCGCAGACGUGGGCAUCAUUGUCAUUCGUCCCCCCUGGCUGAGGAGCGAAUUCCUCGCAGAGCUGCCGCUCGUGCUCAUUUUCCGGUCAUAAACAAAGGUGCUGGACAGUUCUAUCUGAGUUUCGAUACAAGGUAGCUUACAAUCGCAAUACCUCCGUUUUUCCUGAAUUGGAAGAAACGUACAGCAGGAAAAGCCGUUGAUUAUGCAUUGCAAUACAUCAAAAUUUAUGUAGCAGGAGUUUGAACCAAAACUGCCGAGGGAUAUUUUAAAAAUGUCGAGGAACAAGUCAUUCGACGUCAGAGCAAGGUUUCGAGCAAUUUAUAGUGCCUCUAAAACUAAAAAUUACCUUUUAAAGAAUAGCACGAUAGGCAAUCGGCUUUUGUUUUAUGAAUUAGCAAACAUUGAAUUUACUUGUUCCAAAAAUUCGAACUGUUGUCUUCUUCUACCUAAUAGUAAUUUAUUAUUGAAAUUCCAAAACAAUUUCACAGCUAAUUUUGAGCGACUUUUAGUUACGGACUUCUGCUCCAACGAUUUUUCUGAAAUUUCUCCGCCAUAUUUAUUAUAUCAAUAAAAGCCGAUACCAGAAAUUUCAGUAAAAAAUAUCGGCAAAAUUUUGUACUAGAAGCGAUUUUCUUUGAACAGUAAGGUCCUUUUAAGCGCUAAUUUCUCAAGAAAUAUUUACCAUCAAUGAAAUCGGAAUGUUUCGUACUAUUGCCGAAUGAUAUCUGUUGUUCUUUGCAAAGUUUCGCAGCCAUCGCGUUAAAAACAAAAAAGUUAUGGCGGAAAAUUUGUCACAGCUAAAUGCUACAGUAUUAAUGACGGAGCCACCUUGAUGGUCGGUUUUUGCUACAUGUAUGGUGGGUAUUACAUUUAUGUGACUUUUAUUACUUCGGCGGAGCUUCGGCAUGUCCACGGAUGCCUUCCUUAAAUCAGUGAAAAUGUUCCUAGACAAGGAAGUAAGAAUUAUACCAUUUAACAGCCGCUCGCGUUCCCCACCAUAACCCAGUCAUUUGUUACUUCGGCGGAGCGCGAAGUAAAGCAUUCGCGACGCUCGGGAAUGUCCCAAAGUUGCUCUUGUUGGGACAAGAUUGGGCACGCAAAGUCUGGAGGUUUUCGGGUUUUUUCGGCUAUUUGACGAAGAGAGAGCCGAAUUAGUUUGAGAUAUCUCGAGAUCACUUCGAUUUCCUUGAUUUAUUCUUUAACUUAUUCGGGGAAGAAAUAAUUACUAUUUUGGCUUUCCCGGGGUUUGAACCGACUCACCUGUGUGACCCGUUAGAUCAGAGGAGACUCUAACUUGAGGGAUUAGCCGAUUCCGCCACUGCGACCCAAGGUGAUUUGGGAUAUGGAAAAUAUGAAAUUAUCCACUAGUUUCCGGACAAGAUUGGGUGCGCAAGUUCGUCUUUUCCGCUUGUUUCGGCUAUUUCACGAAAUGAGACCGGAAUUACUUCGAGAUAUCUUGAGAUCACUUCGAGUUUAGUCUUUAAUUUACUGGAGGAAUAAAAGAGGAUAUUACAUGGGAGCACAGAGACGCGAAAUUUAUCUUCGAGAGUUGAAAAACAUUUCACGAGUGAGCGCUCCUUUCGAACUGUUUUAUGAUGAAUUUAAGGCUACAAAAUGCUGCACAAAGACGUUUUGACUUUGUUGAGUGUUACGUAGUAAAAUUGGUGUCAUGCGUUGCGUGACUUUCUCGAACGUUCUGUACGUUUUUGGAUCAUUCAUGAAUAACUAAUUAAGGCAUGUUUACAUUUCAGCAUGAGUCAACAGAUUUGCAUCUAUUACUGAAAUCAUAAAAUAUGUCGAAAAGCUUCUGCUAUUCGGCUGUUUAGUAUUUUCUAGAACCUUAUGUGUAACGGUAUAUACAAGUUCCAAGCGAGUUGUUUUGACGAACUAAGUUUUUUCCAACGAGCUGGAGUGCUGUGUUUAGUCAAGUGUGACAAAGGUCGAUUUUCAAGUUCUGUGUUUACAAGUUGGCGGAGGGCGUAACGUAUCUGAAGUUCAAGAGAGAGAUUGUUAUUAUUGGCUGAGACUUUUUAGUUUUACUUAAGUUCAAGUCAAGUUUGUGUUGGCGGAUGCUGUGCUUUAAAGCUCUGUAAAGACAAUGUUCCUUUGGUAUGAAACUUCCUUGUGUUAAUCCGACAUCCCUGCGUGGUGGUAGUCAGUGAAUAAUUAUCCUCAAACAUUCGAACCCGUAGUAUUGAGUUUUAGCCAAUUCCACGCUCAACGUAAUUGACUACUUACCCAUGCCUUACAUAUCUUUAAUCAGUACAUGAGACUGUUAUGCUGUUUUUGAAGCCCGAUGUAAGAAAAAAAACAAAACAAAACAAAAAAAUAGAGAAUUCUCUUUUCAGUGUUUCUUUUGUAAGAAUUAUUACUCACCGCCAGUAACCUCAUAUUGGACUUGGGUCUAAACGUUUAGACCCAAGUCAAAUUUAGAAGGAUUUGUAUGGAGUCAUAAGAGCAUAACUGGGCUAAUAUCUCAGAGACAAUUUGCCCCGAAAUGCUAGUUUUUGGAAAGUAGGCCUCUUGGAUGUUGCUCUUUUCAGAAUAUCCUGACAAAUCUCACAAAUUGACACCUUACUCUCACCAUAUAUUAUUUCUUACUAUUCCUCCGCAUUUACAAUUAAUCAGUUCCACAACCACGACACCGUAGUGUACGCUCCAUAGCGUCUUGUUACAUUAGUAUUACAUUUAUGGAUGAUUAUUACAUUUAUGGGUGAUACAGACUGUGUGUUCAGUGAAAUUCUGUGGAGCAGCUGUUUUGACUGCAGUAUUAGAACAAAACUGAAGUUUUCAUUUCUGUCUCCUUUGGCAUUUUACUGUCUUAAACAAGCAUGAAGAACUCACUGACCACGAAAGAGACAAUAUCGUGUUAUGGACCGAAAGACGAUAAGCGCGGACUUACAUGUAAGUUAUAAGGGACGUAUAACUGUGUAUAAGCACUUGGAGGAUUUGCCAGACACGCCGGUUUACCAUUCACAGAUCUUUGAUCGGAAAAGAUUCAAAUUUUGCAGACGCAAAUUACUUUGGGGCCAUAAAUGUACGACUCAGUCCACUAACAAGCAAGUUUUCCUAAGCGAACGUACGAGUGAAUCAGGCUAGUUUAUCAGCAGAACGAUGGAAGAUUACUUUUCCCUGAGAGUAGGGGCUACAUUUUCGCAGUGUGAGUAAAGUGCGUAGUCCGUAAUCCUUUUCGCUCGGCUGCUGGCACCGCGAAAAUGUAGACGCUAGCUCCCAAGGCAGUCGAUUACAGAAAUUCGCCGAGAAAUACUUUUCUGUGCUGAUCUAUUCCCUUCUCAAAGAUGUUCCUCUAUGAGGCUUUUUUUAUGCAAAGUAUUGUCUGAAAUGCCGUUUUAGUUAAAAACAAAUAUGACUACAACGCGAGUGUGUAAAAUUUCUCGAAACGUCGAGUGUUUUGAUAAAGCUGCGUAAAUCGACCUGAAGCAGUGCAUGGAAUCUUGCGUUGCCUGCUUUUAUCUCACCUACUGUAUGUAGCAUGUGUUAAAAUCUUUAAUAUGAAUCCAGAUCCAAUCUGAUAUAAAUCGGUGUAUUUCAAUAAAGCUGCACAAAGAUCAAGGCGGGAUAUACAACUGACCAACUACAUACAAAGAGGGGACAGGUUUUAGUGUCAACUAUUACUUUCUAAUUUAGCCUGUAACUCGAGAUCAAACCAGGACUUAAACAAUACUAUUUAACAAUAGUUACAUUACAUAAUGGUACCCAGAAAAACAAGGAUAAUUAGGUAUUAGACAACUCAAUGCCUACACAGAAUAUCAGGCUUUCCAGAGUACUUUUAGACCUCUAGAAAUGCAUUCAAAGGGGCGCUAAUUACAUUGGUAUCUGUUCGUUCAUCCUAGGGGAACUUGAAUCUUUUCGAAAUUACAAGGGCUUGAUGAGUACCAUUUUCCCGAAAGUUUUAGAUGCAAUUUGACGUAUUACGAAAGAGAGACAUUUUCUGAUUCCUCUCUCCAUCGCAUUUUUGAAUCCGAAAAAUUUAGCCUAACUUGGGAAGUAAAAUGUGAAAACAAAACCUCAGAAAAUCGUGGGGAAUUUAUUAGAUAUAGGCUUCGAAAAUUGUACAUGAAUGGAAUUCAAAGGUCAUCUAGAACUUUUUAGCCGUCCUCGAGUAAUCGGAAAAUUCUAGGCGAUAUUUUACAGAAAACACUCGUUGGGUGCCCCCGUUUAGUCGAAACCCUUGUUUCCUAUAACCCAUGAGUACAAUGGUUAUGGUUAGUCAAAAUUCCUAGUAAAAGGGAAAGGUUAAUUGUGAAUUGAUCACGCAUUUUUUCUUUCAACACUCUUUAUAUCGUUACUUUAUUUCAGACCAAGAAGCAGUCUGUUUAGACCAAAAUGCAAGCUUUGCACUUUCAAACAUCACAUUGCUAGCCUGUAAUGUUGACUGUUGUCAUGGCAACCUCUGUAACAAUCAGAGUCUGACUGGUAAGUACAAAAUGCCAGAGACGCAAAAAGAUUUGGGCUGCGCGAUAGCCGAUGUGCUUGAAAGAAGAUGGCACUCGCGCAAAAGCACUGCCAGUACCGCUCUUUCUUGUGUCUUUGUUUUUUUCUUAAGCCUCAGUGCUACGCGCGCAGGCUAAUGCACGUAAGUUACAUAGUUUGUUUUCAUAUCACCAUAGUCUUCUGCCUAGAAGCUUUUGUAUCCUCUUUCUAAGUAGCAAUCAGAUUCACCAUUAUGAAACUCGACUAUUUCAUUGAUAGUCGUCUUGUCGCUUAAGUUUUAUGUUUGCUGUACAGUCUGCACUCAAGUAAGUAACUAGUAAUUUAGCUUAAGGAAGCCUAUUAAUAUAAGCACCCAGCUUCUUUAAGCUUCCUUGUCACAUUAACUUACAUUUUAAUUAACACCCUUUGUAACUUUUUAUUGUUAGUGAGUGACUAAAAAACAAAUAAAUAAAAUAAAUAAAAAAUAAAAACAGAAUACAGUUGCUCUGUUUUUCGCCUUGUCUUUUUCAGGUUAUUAGGGAGUCAAAAUUCAACAAAAUUUCUAAAUUUGAUUCAUAUAUUGUAAAAUAUUGAAAACAGAUGGUACCAUUCAAAAAUACUUUCAAACCUGAGGUUUCAUUAUUGGAAUGGUCACACAAUAGAAUUUUGUUCACAAACUCAACGGUUUGAACCAGUGUUCACGAGACUCCAUCAUUUACUCUAGCAAUGAAAUGGUCAAGCAAAUGUGUUUCUCCUCGUUUUCGUAAAGGCAUUUCCUGGUUUAUGUGACACACCAGACGACACAAAUACUUCGAUCCGCAUGUGAUUCUUUUCUCUGGCACUUUUAACACACAUUUGCGUUCGAGGUAAGAGAACGCAACCUCUAAUUUGUGUUGGGUGUUCUGUGUUAAUUUGGGUGUCCUGUGCAAUUAAUAAGGGAGGUUUUUCGGAGAUUGCAUAUUCGUCGUCGUCGUCGACACACAUUUGCCUCACUUUGACGCGCGAACUCGUGUGGUGAUUCUUGUGUCGUCGGCGUUCAUCUUCCAAAGGUUUGUUGAGGUCUGAUAUUCUGUCUUCGUAAAGCGUUCAUCUUUUAAAAAGUUUGCUGAAUCCUCGUAAAGCGUACAUCGAUCUGUGUUUGCUGAAUCGUCCAAAGCGUUCAUCUUUCUGAAGUUUGCUGUUAAAUUUUACUUUGGAUUAAGCCUUCAUAUUUUUCAGCAUGGUUCGUCACUGUCUUUGGAAAAUGUCUGCGACUCCUGGUGCAUACAUCAACCCGGGUUUAGUUCGGCGGCCUUUGUGUCACAAAGUAAAUCUACCAAGAUGUGAAGCUAGGCGGGGCCAUUUGAUCAUGACUUGUGAUUUUUUCGGCACCGGACAAACGAACACUUUAACUCUAUGUUAUUUAUUAGGAAAAACUUAUAAACCAGCCCACAGUAGCGCCACUCUCGAGUCACUGAAAUCAACACGCUCGACCAAAUUACUGGAAAAGUUAUUGACGUGAGCCGCACACACGAUCCAUUGAAGGCUUUGACAGGGUUAGUGCGAAGUUUGAAUUCAGAUGUGAAAGCUUUUAAAACAGCAAAUUCAAUGUAAUUCAUUUUGUCAACAAGUUGAUGAUUCGAUGCUCUUAAAAAUAACAGAGAAAAUUAUCCGAAGAAAUGUUUUUGAAGAAAGAAAAAGAAUCCCGGGUUAAGCACUAAUCGGCCUUUGAGCAACUGCACCCUGUAACUCGCGCCAUUAAAAAAAAUGUUCCAUUUACACGCCCGACGCACUCUGGCAUGAUGUCUCCUCCGAUUACAAGCACUUGACACCGAACCAUACCAUAUCUUUUGAAAACGUUCUUGUAAUGAUACACAGUUUAAAUAGAGGUUUCGCUGUACUCAACCCUUACGUUCAAAAUAUGCCAUAAUCAUAUUAAUCUACAUCGCAACUACCCUUCCGCCUCAACUGCUACCUGUAUGCCUAACAAACAUAUCGAACGCACUCUCCUAAGCUCCGAUUACUUCUAGUUUAAAAGAAAAAUGAACGAUAAAAAAGUAACACGACGUUUCGAUGACUCUAUGUCAUCAUUAUCAAAUGCGAAGAAAAUUAGCAUGAAUUGGUGACAUAUAUACAGAAAAAGGAAAGUGUCAGGAAUAUGUAAAGUUAAAUUGAGGCGUGAAAAUGGAGCAAACUAACAAUUAAUUACUUUUAACAUAUAUGUUACUUUUUUUCCAAGCUUGCAAGCGGGCGGAAUCCUCCAAAUUCUGCAAUCUGAUUGGUUCCGACAGCGGGCGGUAUUUUACGGGUCUUGCCCGCUAACCCGGGCGGAAUCGUUGGCAGCUUCAUUCACAAGUUUGUUUGUUGUUUGUGAAUGAGCAAAAACGGUCAUUUUCAAACCAUUUUUCUUUUAAAACUCGCGUUAUUGUUAGAAUUAGCUAGGGAAAAGUGAAUUUCAUUAUUCAGUCAAAAAAUCUGAAGGGAGAAUCAAGCAAGUUAGCCUUGAAAGCCGUUUAAGUAUAGCAAAACAGGUGGCUCGUGAUGUCGUUUCACUAGCUUUAUAACUGCCCUUUAAGUACUGCAAUCUUGCUUUAUGCACUGCUUAUUAGACAUUUUUGCUCUGUUUGUAAUUUUGUUUUCCAUUUUUGCUGUAUGAAUCUAGAUUCUGCCGUUUUUCAUUGAAUUUUGCCUCGCUAGUUUUCUUCUUAUCAGAAAAGGUUGUUGUCAAUGCUUGCAUUUAGCUUUCAAUCUUAAGCCUAAGCUUAAAUAAAUAACACGAAUCACUUUUCCAGCAGUCGGUUAUCGCCGUUUUCAUAUCUUUGUUUAUAACUUGUUACUCACAUCGCCUUCUUUCAUUCGAAUUCAAUUCAAAACCAUAAAAUUGCUAUGUGUAAUUAGCUCCUUUGUGCAGUUUUCAUCCCGCUCGAUUGAACUAAUCUUAAAGCAAUUUUUGAAUAAUUCAGCCGAAGAAAAUCCUUGAUGUAUUUUUUUCCUGCUGGUGCUUUAAAUAUCAAGCUCGUCAAUUCUUUUAACCUUGUUUGACACUCAGAUUAUGAAUUGUCUAGGAAGACACAAAAACCUUUCUUUAUUCGAAAAGAGAGCAGUAAGUGCCAUAAUAUAAAAUUACCCCGCUAAAAUUCAUUUUGAAAUGUUUUGUUUUGGUUUGCAAUCGAUCGCGCGCUUCAUCAACCUGAACGCGUCCUACUUCAACACACAUAGGUUGGAGGGUGAAGGAAACUUUUCCUGAAACUUUUAAGUCUCAGUAGGAAAAAAUAGAAAUGUUAUUCACCGGCCUAGGUCGGUCCGUAUUGGGAGGAACUGUACCCUCGGUCUGAGUACUCAAUACCUCGGGCACAGUUUCUCCCAAUACGGACCUCCCAGCCGGUGAAUAACAUAUAUAUAUUUAUUAGUCUUUUUUGCGCAUUGUUGUUGACGGCCCUGGGACGAGCACGAUUGCGAGGCUAAUGCGGGUCAACAAAAAAAAAAAUCAAAACAAAACAAAAACAAACAUAGGGAAUUUGCCGCUGAGUCGCUGGAAAACGAUAGAAAUUAAUCUUUAAAAUAGUAAGAUUUUAAGGUUUAUACUUUACCAGUAAGCCAAAGGGGCAUCUGUUGCAACAGAAGAAAGGAAAAAGCGACGAAACCAACUUUUCAAUGGCUAAUAUGAUUAUCUGUGCGUAAUGCUACCGGCGAUAAGGUCUGAAAUCUACGAACCAAUCUACGAAACUGUUUGUGGUGAUGAAAUUCGAAAGACACUUUACCUGACCAACUUUUCAAUGGUUAAUAUGAUUCUCUGCGCGUAAUGUUACUAGCGAUAGCUAUAGGUCUGGAAUCUUCGACGCACUCUACCAAACUGUUUGUGGUGAUAAAAUUCGAAAAAUAUGCACUUUACCUGGCCAACUUUUCACAAGCUAAUAUGAUUCUCUGUGCGUAAUGCUACUCGCGAUAAGGUCUGAAAUCUACGAAGCACUCUACGAAACUGUUUGUGGUGAUGAAAUUCGAAAGACACUUUACCUGACCAACUUUUCAAUGGUUAAUAUGAUUCUCUGGCGUAAUGUUACCGGCGAUAGGUCUGGAAUCUACGAAGAACUCUACGAAACUGCUUUGGUAAUGGGAUUCAAAGGACACUUUGCCUGACCAACUUUACUGUUUUUUUGUUUUAGGUUUAGAUAGAAACGAAACCGCCUCAACUCCUACUAUUCCUUCCCCACGUGUUCCGUCACUAGAAGAAGAGAAAGAAGCUGUAAAAGUCUCAAUUCCACUUAUUACAGACCAAGUAAGUGUCUGAAAAAUUAAUGGGGUACGCACUGGGUGCAAAUGAGCUUCAGGCCUCCAACAAACCACCCUUUCCCUGAUCACGUGUAAAUUUAUAAACGUCAUUUUAAGUAGCCUGAGUACAGUCGACAUUUCGCAACGCCACCACUGGCUUCCCUGCAAAAUGACGUCUGAGGAAUGGGAGCAGCCUGAUUCCAUCCUGAUGACGUGUCACUACCCUGGUCUGAGUGUUCUUUCUGAUGGUUGAAUAUUAACUUCUGUUUAGAAACGAUGUAAUUAUGUUCGCCAAUGUCUGCCAGUUACUGUGUAUACUCCAUCAAAAGCUAGUUACGAUUGUUUGUUUGUUUGUUUUAUCUGUUGUUGUUGUGUUUUCUUCUUCGGAACCCCUUAAGCCCCAAUAUCAUUAUACAAGUUAUCUGACUGAUCUCCCCACAUUUCCUAAAAAAAAAAUGUUCGAGAGAACUCGUUUAAAAAUCAAAGCAUUUCCCUCAGGUGAAUAUUUCAUGAAUCCUUAUAACCUUUUCUCUUGAUACUGUAUUUACAUCUUAGAAAAAAACUGAUGUUAGUCAGUCACUCUCGGGACUUAAGACUGAUCAUAAAAUUGACGCAAAACGUAGCAAUACAAACUACCCCUGAAAGCCGCUAGAUCUUUAACUGCUCGAUGAUAGUGGAACCGAGUAAAACAAGUAUUGUUUGCCAAUAAGCAAUCACGAUUUUUAGGGAUGUGAAACAGUUUAAUUUUGGAGAAGAAUAUAUAUCUAGGAAAAAGAAGACACUACGCCUGUCUAUUUCCAUUUAUGUUUGUUAGUUACUUAAGGCUAACAACGGACGGCUUCAUUUUUUGACUUUUUCUAAUUAUUUGACAGUAUGAAUGGGAUUUCCAAACCGACAAGUCUUUCAAGGAAAAAAUUGCUUCUGUUACAACCAGCUACUGUACUAGAAACAGAGGAAAAUGUGCACUGAAGGAGGCAAGAAGAAAAAGGUAUUAUCAAAAGCGACACAGUAACUAGUUCAAUAAUGAAAUAACGUUUUUACAGCAACUCCUCCUCUACAAAAAGUCAGAAAAGAUUUCCCUGAAGUAGAAUAGUGUAGCGUUUUCUUGCGAAUGCUUUCAUUUUUAAUUUAAUAGUUCACCUUGUCUUCCUGAAAUGGAUCAUGGGCUCGAAGAUACACAAACCUUUGGACUGGACUAUAACUACGAGGUUAAUAAACUAUGAGCUUUCAAACUAAGUUCGUGUUUUUUAAGGUACAAUCUUGUUACAAUGAUCUUACUUGUUAGGUAACAUUCUUUCUUUUUUGUUGGAAAGUGUUCUUAGAAAAACUGGCGGGAAAAUUCGAAAGUUGAUAUGUGUUUUUUACCCUCUACUCAUAAUCACGGGCAGGAGCUCAUACCAGCUCUUGUCAAGGUCCCUAUUAGAGACUAUUUAGAUUGAACAAUUACCAACUCUUUUGUAUGACCAGACGUGCCCUUCUUUUCGACUUGUAUACCGCUGACCAAGUCAACCUUUUGCCUGGUUACCCAAGCAACGCGUCCGGCUCCCUCCAGGUGGCUUUUUGCGUCUUACAGCCGCUGGGACUUUUCAUCGGAAAGACCUCCGCAUUACCUCGAGACACGCUCGUCGACAUUGUUAAAACACACGAAUCAGAGAUCGAGGCAACCAUCGGUGCCAACAUUUCACGCGUGGAAACUUUGUUUCAAUCUUCUUCGACACCAACAACAAAUAAAACGACAACAAGGAUACCGACGGAAGUAAAAGAGAGCAAGGAAGCGGGCAAUCGGAUUGCAAUUGAUGUCGGAAUUGGAGUGUCUGUUCCGAUUUUGUUUUUCAUUUUGACCGUAAUUUUAUGGUAA